AACUGACCAAGAUAGGGCCAUGAAAAAUGCAAAUUGAAGUUGUGUUUCCUUCAGCUAGGCAUAGAUUAUGUUUGUGGCACAUCAUGAAGAAGGUGCCUAAGAAGCUUGGUUCGUACAAAGAAUAUGAGAAUAUUAUUUAUGAUUUGGGUGAAGCUGUUUAUGAAUCGCAGAGCACGUAUGAGUUUGAAAGGUGCGGGGAAUCUAUGAUUUCUAAAUUUCAUUUGGCAGAUAAUGGUUGGUUGAAAACAAUGUAUGAUCUUAGAGAGAAGUGGGUUCCAAUAUAUGUGAAGAACUUCUUUUGGGCUGGUAUGUCGUCCACUCAGAGAAGCGAGGCUGUGAAUGCAUUUUUUGAUGGUUAUGUGAACUCGAAAACUACUCUUAGACAGUUUGUGGAGCAGUACAACAAUGCAUUAAGGGACAAAGCUGAAAAGGAAAGUAAAGCGGAUUUUAAUUCAUUCAACAAGCAACUCAAAUGUGCUACUUCAUAUGGAAUGGAGAAACAAAUUCUGAAUUUGUACACUCAAAACAAGUUCAAAGAGUUUCAAAAUGAGUUGACAGGGUUGAUUUAUUGUGGCAUUAAAUCUGUGGUUAACAAUGAAAAUAUGACACAUUUUUAUGUUGAAGAGGAUGUAUUCUUUGGAGAUAAAAGAAGGAAGAAAGUUGAAUACAAUGUGUGCUAUGACAGCACUUCAUCGACUGUCUUUUGUACAUGCUGCAGGUUCGAGUUCAGGGGUAUAUUGUGCAGACAUGCUAUAAUCGUGUUGGUUCGUAAUGGACAUGAUCUAAUCCCAGCUCAUUAUAUCUUUAGGCGUUGGAGAAAAGACAUAAGGAGACCUUAUUCUAGAGUUAAGGUAUAUUAUGAUGGAAUGGAGAUUACAGGCGACCAACAACGGUAUGAUAAAUUGUGUAACAUGUUCACAUAUCUGGCAGAUUUGGCGGCUGACAGCGAACAAAAUUUCAAUUAUGUUGUGAACUUGAUUGAAGGUGCAAUGAGCAUUGUUAGUGCGUUGAGCAAUGCCACACCUGUUAGUGCAUUGAAUGUGGCUGGUUUCUCAAAUGAUCUGUUAAUGACAAGAGGCAAAGGACGUCCUCCAUCUGUGAGGAAGAAAAGGAUUUUCAAGAGGUCUGCUAGGAGCAGCAAAAGCAGCAAUGAAGUGCUGCCAGCAUCAACUGGAACAAGUGGAAGCAUGGACGCAAGUGAGGUGGAUGGGUCAAGCUUCAUGUAUUGAGGGGAUGAAUUAGUUUAUAUAUGUUUAUGUUUUAUGUUGUUGAAGGAACAAAUACAUUGGUGUUACGUAGACUAUUUAUAUAUUAAUUAUGAUGUGAAGGAACAAUGUGGUGGAUUGCAUUGCUUUUA